AUGCAAGCCUCAUCACGAGGAUUCAUGCUGCGACCCCGCACACCAAGCCCGGGCGAUUCAGUCACCUUCCUCACGGUCAUCUCUGUCUCGUCUUCCCUUCACCGUUCGUUCUUAUUCGCCGACAGCGCCGCUUUCCUAGAAACUGCUUUGGCCAGAGUGAUGGCUGAAGACGCCAACGCAUCAAACGUGCCUUUCAUUGACUGCAUUCUGAUACCCGAUGAAGAAUGCGGUAGGCUUGAUGACUGGGUGUCUGGUCUCAUCAGUUAUUCUCAAGAUCCCACCACGACAGUCACACAACAAUCCUCCUCUGUCGAGAAAGGUACCACUCCUCUCGGCAUAUGGGGUGGCGGUCUAAUUGGCCUUAGUACUGCUGCUCACUUUACUCGGAAGGGAGUCAGCCCCAUCAUCAUCGACAUCAACGGCAAUCAAGUUUCGCGAAUCAACAAAGCUCAAUUUCCGCCGAACUUUGAGUCAUGGAUCGGUUUCUCCAUCGAGCCCUAUAUCAAAACCGGCCUUAUCAGAGCAACAACGGACGUAUCCCAGCUUUCACUCGAGUCUGUGAAGACACACUUUGUCGCAGUUCCCACUGAGCGCAAUGGUGAGCCAGAUUUGGGAGCCAUCGAGGUCGUCCUGCCGCAGAUUAGGGAACUAACACCGGAUCUGUAUAUCAUCGAGAGCACAUUCGUCCACGGGCAGACUGAGCCUCUCGCUCGCAAGCAGGGUGGCCAUCCAUUCAAUUCCAUCAAUUUUGUAUCACGAUUGAGUUGCGUUGACGGAUUACUCAGCAUGUCGCCCAUGGAUUUGAACCACCUUGAGCCGAAAUUGAGUUGA